GAAAAGAAAAAAAAAAAGAAAAAGAAAAAAAAAAAAAAAAGGAAGGAGAGGAGAUAAAGAGCGAAUCCAAAGAAGAAGAAGGGGUUCCUAUGGGGGAGAUGAUUCAAGCACAGAAGCAGCAGGCAUGGGAGCAGAACUCAGGCAGCCUCAGCUUCAAUGGAAGCCUGUCCAAAGAAGAGGAGGAGAUGUCCAAGUCUGCUCUCUCUACCUUCAGAGCCAAGGAAGAAGAGAUCGAGAAGAAGAAGUUGGAGGUGAGAGAGAAGGUUCAAGUGCAACUUGGCCGUGUUGAAGAAGAAACCAGACGCUUGGCCACGAUUCGAGAGGAGCUUGAAGCGCUGGCCGAUCCCAUGAGAAAGGAAGUGGCACAAGUUCGGAAGAAGAUCGACUCAGUCAACAGAGAUUUAAAGCCGCUGGGGCAAAGCUGCCAGAAGAAGGAAAAAGAGUACAAAGAUGCCCUUGAGGCUUAUAAUGAGAAGAACAAGGAAAAAGUACAACUAAUUUCCAAAUUGAUGGAGCUGGUGAGUGAAAGUGAGAGGUUGAGGAUGAAGAAGCUGGAGGAGCUGAGUAAGAACAUAGAUUCCAUGCACUAAUAUGGGGGCUGAAACUGAUAACUGAUUGAUGAUUAGGUUUGGUGUAAUGUAUCUAAAGAUGAUCACUUUUCUAUUUAUAUAUGUGGGUGCCUUGGGUUUGGUGUAUUCUACGAUAUCCCUUGUUUGUUUCAUUAGCUUUCAAAUGAAGGAUUUGCUGAUUUAGGAAAGGGUAAUGCCCUUUAAAACAGGUUUGUAAACUAAACAAUGUCUCAACUUUGUAUUUUUCUUUCUCAUUUUGCAUUCAACUUUUAGUUUUGUUGA